AUGUAUGGAGCACAACCGGGCUACUACGGCCCACCCAUCCCUCCCCAACCCCUCGCAACCCAACCCUCCUAUGCUGCUGAACGCCGCCGCCGGUGCUUCUGCAGCACAGGAACAGCCGUCGCCGCCUUCCUCGCCAUAUUCGGCAUCGCUGUCAUCGCCCUCUGGCUCGUCUUCCGCCCGCAGAAGAUCGUCGUUGCUGUCACAGACGCCGUGCUCUACCGCUUUGACCUCGCCACCACCACGAAACCUCCGAGCCUCGCCUUCAACCUUUCCGCCACCGUCAGCGUCCGCAACCCUAACAAGCGGGUCGGCAUCGUCUACGACUGGCUUGAGGCCGACUCCUAUUACUACGGCACGCGCUUGGGCUGGGUCUCCCUGCCCGCUUUGUACCAGGGCCACCGGAGCACGUCGGCGUGGAGGCCUGCGGUAGCGGGGAGUUCGUACGUAGAUAUCGGGAGCUCAGGCAUAGCGGAUUUUAAGAACCAGAACACCACGGGGAGCUUCGGCGUCGGGUUGUGGCUCUUUGGUCGCGUUCGAUAUCGGUUCGGUUCGGCGACAACCAAGCAGUACGUCCUGCGGGUGCAGUGCGUGCUGAAGCUGCGGCUGCUGGCUCCCGGAGCAGCCAAUAACGGCUUCGUCAGGACACCCUGCAAGGUGCUCAAAUGGUGA